AUGUCAAGGUCAGCCGACAGGCUUACUAAACAUGAAACUAACGGACUCAUAGACAUCAAUCAAAUAUCUAGUGAUCACGAUGAUUACCCCUUUAUUCUGAUAUGUUCCAGAAUCCUUUAUCGAGUUCAACUUAGAUAUUUUUCACAAGAUGACAUCAAAGAUUCAGAGAUAAACGAUAUCGUAAUUCGUGAAAUCAAUCGACUUCAACCACACUCUAACGCGUCUUUAUCGUAUACAAAUUCAUCAAAUAACGGCAUAUUAUUUAAUUGCGGUAAUCAAUUGGCAAGCGCCGAAAAACCUCUAGAGAUUAUGCGCAAUAUGCUUACCGAAAAAAUUCGUGUUCGUAGUCGAUCCAGUGAAACUUCGGCUGUUCGUAGAGUCUACAAAAAUCUUGUGAAAUUAAUUGAUGACUUGCAGAUCGCAAAGAACGCGUCAUCCAAUAGAUAUUCGUUUCGGCAUAUUAACUUCAUCGUCACAGAUUCGCUUACAUCCGAGGAUGGUACUAGCUCAACUUUCCUUGAACCUCCAUUACCGCUUCUUUGGCUUCCAACUUUAACGAACCGAGAACGAGUAACCCACAAAAAUACCUCCGUUUAUGCAUUACGCAAAAGAAAAGGGUUUAAAGGUAGUGGAAAAUUUCGAAAUCGAUUAUUACGAAUGCAUCAUGUGCAUGUGAUAACCGGAAAUUUGUGUGCGCCUAAUACAAAUAGUUCUGGUUAUAAUAUGAAAAAACCUCACGAGCAAUCUCUUCCUUCUAUAAGCAAUGUUUUAAGUAGUGCGCUUCUAUCGAAUCAUUGUUCAGCGUUUACGAGAAUUUCACCAAAUAAAGAUAAUGAGAGAGUUGACUGUAACGAUCGUUAUCGUUAUAAUUAUUUCUAUGCUUUCUUGAACGUCGAGAAAGGAAAAGAACCAGCAUCCCUCGACGCAUUGAAA